AUGUCUGUCUUAGGCAGGAAUAAACCUGUUAUGUCAAAAAUCCGAGUGGCUGCUGGGGACCCGUCUGUAUCUCUAUCCCCAAGUGACUCUGUAGUUAAGGAGUCAGAUAUUCUUGAUACGGCGUCUGCGUCUCCCGAUGCGCAUUAUACUCCCAGCCCGUUGGUACAUGCCGGGAACAGCUCUCUGCACGCGUGGCGAGGUUUUAGCCGUAUCGACAUAGAACGAUUAUGGGUUGCAAGCCAAGCGAUCACUAUACAUACCCUUUCUAAAUAUCGUGUGGAUAUCGCUUGCUUGUCGGAGGUCCAUCUUCCUUAUUUCGGGUCUCGAGUGAUUAUUGAUCCUGAAUCGGAGCUGGCUAAUCAUUGUGGUGCUUCGGAUAACUCUGAGCGAAAUGGCGUAGCGAUUGUCAUGUCUGACAAGGCCCAUUCUGCUUUGAUUGAGUGA